AUGGCCACGACCAGUGGUACAACACCCAGUGCUCCAAAGCCUGGACUCGGAGAUUUAGAAAAAGAGUUAGUGUGCUCGAUCUGUACGGAGCUUUUAUAUCAGCCUUUGACUCUUCUCGAUUGCCUUCAUACAUUUUGCGGUUCGUGCCUGAAAGAAUGGUUUUCAUGGCAAGCGGUUCGUUCACGAUCGUCGGGUUCGGCAUCACGAUUUACCUGCCCAGCAUGUCGGGCUGCUGUCCGUGCAACGAGACCAAAUGCUACGGUGACGACUUUGCUGGAUAUGGUCCUUGUGGCCAACCCCGAGCGUGAUAGGACGGCAGAAGAAAAAGAGGAGAUUGCGAAGAAGUAUAAGCCUGGUGAUCAAGUGCUUGUUUCUGAGAGUUCCGAUGCCGAUACCGACGGGGAGGAUCGACGAUUACUUACGGAUGGUGAGAGUAGUCGUAGAAGGGCAGCUUCGACGAGUCAUUCCGGUGAUAGUCGCCGGCAAAGAAGUGCAGAUAAUCGAGACCACCACAGCGCUGCUAGAAAUGCUGCUCGCACGGGAGGUACCGUUGCGAACCGCAAUGAAUCCACGAGGCAGAUUGAGCAUCAGUCGAGUUUAAGGUCUUUACUAAGUGCAUCGGAUGUCGAAGACAACACUCAAGAGGAGAUUGUUCGGCUCAUUAUGGAGGAAGGUCUGUUGGACGGUAUUGAUUUGAGCGGUCUGGAUCAGUCUCAAGAAGAAGAACUCAGUGAUCGGCUUGUGCAGAUCUUCCUCAGUCGGCAUCCUGAUCGAUCACGUCCACCGCGGAGAAGUAGCGAUCAGACAGAGAGGAUAAGACCACCGGAGCACCGUCGGGCCAGAUCUCAGACAUUGCAAAAUCGGAGCCCAAACCCUACUCCCACUGAAAACUCCUCAAGACGCCCUCCCGUAUCACGGCCACAUUUGCUAGGGGUGGCACCAGAUUCACAUCAUCAUCGAAGAAGGGCUUCUGAUGAGACUCGACGGCGAAGGACAUCGCCGACACUGGUGGCUCCAGCGUCUACGUCUGAAACCGCGUUGGGGCCAGCAGUGCGAUCAUCUAGUGACAUGACGAGUCAGAGAUCCCGUCCUUCUUCGUCACGGCCCAGGACUAGAGAAUCCUCGACAGCUUCUGUAACGAGACGCUCGACGGAGCCUGAAGGGCGUGCUUCUGACAUAUGGGCGGGAAUUAGUACUAGAAACGGGUCACAGCAAUCUAUUGCUGCUAGACAGGCGGUGGGAUCUUCUCUGACAAACAGUCCGUCCACUAUGACUCCCACGGGCCGGACCUUCUCAGCUUCGACUACUUCGUUACCAGGAGUUUCAGCAAGUGAAGCCCAGUCUCCUACGGGCAAUUUGCAAUCAUCUUCUCGUCGUAAUACGGCAACACGGUCUGCACCCAUGAGGCAAACUCCAACUAGGGUUUCUUCUGCACAUUAUGCCGAACCCGCAAUAUCCUGUGAACGAUGUGGGAAGACGAGCAUACAGUACGUACUCCAUAAACGAUGCCCCAAGUGUAACGAUGGCAAUUAUCAUGUAUGUUUACAUUGCUAUCGCAUCGACCGAGGCUGUCUACAUUACUACGGCGUCGGGAGCGUUGGUGAGAUGAAUUUCAAUAAAGCUCACCACCCUGCUCUUCGAUCGGACGUUGAGCUUCCUCAUGUUAUGAUAUCACAACGUUAUCGACGACCCAAGGAAGGUUCAUCACGAGGUACAUCUGACGGAAAGCACAUGACAAACGACAACCCAUCUAGCAGACUGCAAGAAGGCAUGUUUUGCGAUAUAUGCCAAUCCGUUGCCAAUGGAUGUUUCUGGCAGUGCGACGAAUGUAAUGAAGGAGAAUGGGGCUAUUGUCGACGCUGUGUAAAUCAGGGUCGCUGUUGCAAUCAUUCGUUGUUACCGAUUCGACGUAUAUCGUCAGAAGCCGUGACACCAUCUCCAAUCGAUGCAAUAUCAAUAGGGCCUAUUACUACUCCGGUACCAACGCAAAAAGCACUUGCGGGGUCCGCGACAUAUCAGGUUUUGUCGUUCUCGACGGAGUGUGAUAUUUGCAAAUACCCCAUCGCUCCGUCGUCGACUCGAUUCCACUGUUUGCAGUGUAAUGAAGGAGAUUACGAUGUAUGUACAAACUGCUACCUGAAAUUAGUGGUGUCGGGGAAGAUCAGCAAGGACAACGGACACGGAGGCUGGCGACGUUGUCUAAAAGGUCAUCGCAUGAUUGUAAUAGGAUAUGAAGACCAUGAAAAGGGACAGCGACGGGUCAUUGUCCGAGACUUAGUUGGCGGAUAUACAUUAAAAGAUGAACUGGCGAACAAUAUGGAGCCUUCAUCAUCUUCGGGUUCCAUCGCUUCUCCAGAACUCGGAACGGGAGAUUGGUCAUGGAAAGAAGGCAACACAAAACGCAAAAAGGCCGGUCGUGCGCGAACCUCUCACAUUAACCCACUGGAUUCAGCUUCUUCUUCACCAUCAACGUCACCUUCCGCAACAACAACGACACAAUUAGACCGUCGUACUACUGCUGCUACGAUGAUUCCACCUGACGGCGGAUUCGGUCUUGUCCUAAGAGCAAACUGGUCAUACUUCGCUGAAGAAUCCUGCACAGAUGAAUUAUCCUUCCCUCGUGGCGCGGAGAUUACAGAAGCUGAGAAUAUUAAUGAUGAAUGGUAUUGGGGUUACUAUGCAGGUCGAACAGGUUUGUUCCCUGGUGCGUACUGUACUUUGAUCAGGGAGGUUGUUUGA